UUCAGUUAUCUUGUAUUCUUUAAGUUAUUCGAUUAAAGAUGAAUACGGUAUAUUUGUUUGCAAUAGUCUGCUUUCUUGCUGUAAAAGUGGAUGGACAGGCGGACUUGCCAACGGUGUUGGCAGUCGUUCAGGCAAAUAGUGCUGUACUUAUGAAUAUCCAGGACACCCAGUUACCGUCGAUUGUUAAUCAACUAAAUGCUAUCAACACUGCUAUUAGCACUCUUCAAUCAGCGGUAAAUGGUUUGCAAGCUUCUGAUCGAGAAAUUAAUGGCAAACUUGAUGGAAUUGGGAAAACGGCCUCUGACACAAACACUAAAACUAACGAAAUUCAAGGAACUGUGAACGACAUGAACGGAAAAGUAGACUCUAUCCGCAACCUUCUAAAUUCGCUGAAUGGGAAAACAGACGAGAUAAAGACAACAACGGACAAAGUAAAUGGUCAAACAAACUCCAUACGUACUACUUCUGAAAAUAUUUCGGGAGACGUGGAUAAUAUCGAUCAAACAACUAAGGAAAUCGCUUCUUCUACCAGAACCAUUGAAGAGACAGUGACUGAUACGAAUAGAAAAAACGAUGGCCUUCUUUUUGCUGUUCGAAGCCUGAGUGGACUGGUUCGAUUGACGGAUAAAAAGAUGGAUGAAACGAAACGAUAUUCUAACAAGAAAUGUUAACACUCAAAAAUCAACGACCUAUGACAAGUUUUUUCUUGAAAACAUUUUGUAUUCAUUUAAAACAAAAUCAAUGUGUGUAUCUUAAAUUGAUUCCGACCUUUUCAAAAAUAAGAUAUUUAAUAUAUCUAUAACCAUAUAUUUUUUUUAGUUUUUCAUGCUGGGAUAAAACUUUGCAUAUUAGCUACAGUAUGUCUUUGUCAACAACGUGUCAACCUCAACUCUCUCA